AUGGGCUGCAAGAAGAAGAAAAUGGCGGCUGGCAAGAUGCCGCCGUCGAAGGUCCAGCCCAGUGGCAAGGGGAUGGCGGCUCCUACGCCGGCACUCAUUGAUGUUGCCGUGGAGGCGCUGCCGGCGCCCACCCUGCCCGAGUCCGACGACGUGCCGGAGAAGGCGCCAGUUUGCGACGCGUGCGGUCGCUACCUGAGCCCCCCUGUUUCCCAGUGCUCCCAUAUGCGGCACAUCGCGUGCGGCGACUGUGGUGCCGGCGAGUGCGGUCCUUGCGCUUGCUUGGGCGUCGCCACCGUCUACUUCCCGAACCCAUACCUGGACACCUUGUUCGGCCGCUUCAAGGUGCCGUGCCCAUUCAAAGAGUUCGGCUGCGGUAGCUCCCUCGCCGUCAUCGACCUCAGGGCGCACGUGGAAGCAUGCGGGCGGGCGCCCUUCGAGUGCUUUUGCGGCUCGGAUGUCUUGCCGGCGGAGCUCCAGCGUCACUUGACGGACAAGGCCGGCAAUCACGCCUGGCCCGGCCGCAACAUCACGUACGGCACGGACUUUCAGUUCGCCAUCAACGUGAAGGAUGCUGUCAACAGAUGCAUUAAUUUCCUCUUUGUCGCCGAGGAGGACGGCGGCCUCUUCUUGCUGCGCGGCUACGAUGAGGACCACGGCAUCCACUCUCUCGACGUCGUUUGCAUUAGGCUUAGGAAGAAAACAGGGUCGGUGUACAGCUCCUCAGUCGCGGUGGAAGGCCCUCUGCCCAAGGGCCUCAGGCACGAGCUGAAAAAGAAGGUGAUAGAGAUCUGCUCAGGCGGCAACGACCCAAUCACCAUCGACAUGGGCGAAAUCAGUCCCGCUAAUGCGUGUGAUGUUGUCUGGGUGCAUCAGGAGAUGCUCCAUGGGGACGACAUCCAUCUGUGCGUCCGCAUCGACAAGGUCUAGACUCUAGAGCAUUUGUGCGUGAGGGCGCUAAGUGGAGCAUCAGGAUUAGUAUUAGGACCAAAGGAUCCUUCACGUGAUCCGGUGUGUGGGAAGUAGUAUGUGUGGAAGUGA